AGUCUUUUGAGAGAAAUGUUCAGUAGAGAGAGAGAGAGUGAGAGUCCCGGCGACUAAGUGAUUCCGUCGGCGAAAUUACGGCUAGUGAUUGCAUUCCGCCGGCUGAAAAACAUUCGAUUUUGAGAAUACGAAGAAAACAAAUGGUUGGUAGAGGGAAAGCGAAACAGGGUCGUUCCAAGAAGUCGUCGAGUAGUAGAUCCAAGGAAGAAGAUAGGAUAAGCCAGUUACCUGAUCCUUUGAUCUGUCACAUACUUUCUCACCUUCCAACAAAAGAAUCUGUUUCAACAAGCGUCUUAUCCACAAGAUGGAAGACUCUCUGGCUUUGGGUUCCUAUUCUGGAACUGGAUUCACGAGAUUUCCAUAAUAAGUUCAACGCCUUUGUGAGUUUUGGUAACAGGUUUUUCCAUUCCGAUAGGGUUUCAUGCAUAAACAAGCUCAAGUUAUAUCUUUUUGAUGACGAUGAAAAAGAUGACUCUUAUAUCACGUCAUGGAUUGAGGCUGCACUUAAGCGUCAGGUCCAACAUCUUAAUGUUUUUUGUCCUCCAGAUCGUAGUUGGUAUAAAAUCCCCACAAGCCUUUGUAUCUGUGAGACACUAGUAUCCUUAAAACUCUUUAAUGUGGAGUUGGAUGGUGUCGAGUUUGUUUCGUUACCAUGUCUGAAGACUAUGCAUUUGAAAUAUGUUUAUUACGGUAAAGUGGCCACUUUUGAGAGACUCAUCUCUUGUUGUCCUGUCUUGGAAAAGUUGAAGAUUGUUGGAUAUGAGACUCAAGAAGAUGACUAUAAGUGCAUUCGGGUGCAUUCUUUGUCAGUGAAGAGGCUCAAUAUAGACCUACGCGAUGGUAUGGGUGAUGGAGAGAAAUACGGUGUUGUGAUUGAUGCUCUUCUAUUAAGCUCUUUGACUAUUGAUGAUGAACAAGCUGAAAGUUAUAUAAUAAGCAACUUGAGUGCCAAUGCCAAGUUAGAUAUUCAUCUCGAUUUUGGUUUGCAUGAUUUUGAUGAAGCAAGCGUCUCAUCGAGGAGAAGUAGCAUCCGCGAUUUUCUGCUUGGGAUUUCAAAGGUCGGGGAAAUGAUCGUCUGUGAAAACACUUUAAAGAUCAUCUGUCAUUACUCAAAAUUAGAAAUGUCCCACUCAAAAUUAGAACCGCUGCCUCAGUUUGGUUACAUGUCCCACCUUUUUGCUUUUAUAUAUGUACCUGAUUUGAAAUGGUUACUAACUCUUCUUGGGAGCUGCCCAAACCUGAAAUCCCUCGUCUUGGUAUGGGCUUUUUACACUGCACAGCGGCAUUCCGAGGAAAUGAUUCAAAUCAGUUUUCCAUUUGUUCCCGAGUGUUUGUUAUCUUCGCUCAUGUCUGUUGAGAUCGAAACCAGCAUCUCGGGAUAUGCUUCAGAAAUGAAGAUUGUAAGGUACUUCCUAGAGAAUUCUGUAAUCCUCAAGAAACUGACUCUACGUUUGGACUAUCGCGCAAAUGUAAAUGACAUCUUCAAGAAGCUCCUGAAGAUUCCAAGACGCUCCAUCACAUGUGAAGUCGUUGUAGAAUGAAUGAUAUGGUCUCUUGCCACACAGGAAACCAAGUGUUAGGCUUUUUAUUUAUGUUUCUUUUGAACUCAAUAGAGAUGAAAUGAAAAUUGUUGAACUACGUUUGCAAGAAAUCUUUUUGUUGUUC